AUGGUUGUUGCUCUGAAGGAGCUGUCCAUUCGAGGGGACUUCAGAACCACUGUGGAGUACUUAAUUAAGCUGCUUGAAACGGAAAGCUUUCAGCAGAACAGCAUUGACACUGGUUGGCUGGACCGGCUCAUUGCAGAAAAAGUUCAGGCAGAGAGACCAGACACCAUGCUGGGGGUGGUAUGUGGGGCUCUCCACGUGGCCGAUGUGAGCCUUCGGAAUAGCAUCUCCAACUUCCUCCACUCCCUGGAGAGAGGCCAAGUCUUGCCUGCUCAUACUUUAUUAAACACAGUAGAUGUGGAACUCAUCUAUGAAGGGAAGAAAUAUGUACUAAAGGUAGCUCGGCAGUCUCCAAACUCCUACGUUGUCAUCAUGAAUGGUUCCUGUGUGGAGGUUGAUGUUCACCGGCUAAGUGAUGGAGGUCUCCUUUUGUCCUAUGAUGGGAGUAGCUACACCACCUAUAUGAAAGAAGAGGUGGACAGGUAUCGUAUCACCAUCGGCAAUAAAACCUGUGUAUUUGAGAAGGAAAACGACCCGUCGAUCCUGCGGUCACCGUCAGCUGGGAAGCUCAUCCAAUAUGUGGUGGAAGAUGGUGGACAUGUCUUUGCUGGACAAUGUUUUGGGGAAAUCGAGGUGAUGAAGAUGGUAAUGACGCUCACGGCGGCCGAAUCGGGCUGCAUCCAUUAUGUGAAGCGCCCUGGGGCAGCCCUCGAACCUGGGUGUGUAAUUGCUAAACUGCAGCUGGAUGACCCAAGCCGAGUUCAACAGGCUGAACUCCAUAUGGGAACCUUGCCCCAGAUUCAGAGCACAGCACUCCGGGGUGAGAAGCUCCACCGGAUCUUCCAUUAUGUCUUUGACAACCUGCUCAACGUGAUGAAUGGGUACUGUCUUCCAGAACCCUUUUUCACCAGCAAGGUGAAGAACUGGGUUGAACGGUUAAUGAAGACUCUUCGGGACCCAUCCUUGCCUCUCCUGGAGCUUCAGGAUAUCAUGACCAGUGUCUCUGGGCGGAUCCCCCCCAAUGUGGAAAAAUCCAUCAAAAAGGAAAUGGCGCAAUAUGCAAGUAACAUCACAUCUGUCCUCUGCCAGUUCCCCAGCCAACAGAUCGCCAAUAUUCUAGACAGUCACGCAGCCACCUUAAACCGCAAAUCGGAGCGUGAGGUUUUUUUCAUGAACACUCAGAGUAUUGUGCAGCUGGUUCAAAGAUACCGAAGUGGCAUCCGAGGUCACAUGAAGGCGGUGGUGAUGGAUUUGCUCCGGCAAUACCUAAAGGUGGAAACUCAGUUCCAACACGGUCACUACGAUAAGUGUGUCUUUGCUCUUCGAGAGGAGAACAAAAGUGAUAUGAACACUGUCCUCAACUACAUCUUUUCCCACGCCCAAGCUACCAAGAAGAACCUCCUUGUGACAAUGCUUAUUGACCAGUUAUGUGGCCGAGACCCAACGUUGACUGAUGAGCUGAUUAACAUUCUGACGGAGCUGACCCAGUUGAGUAAGACCACCAAUGCCAAAGUGGCCCUCCGAGCCCGCCAGGUACUCAUCGCUUCCCACCUGCCCUCCUACGAACUCCGUCACAAUCAGGUGGAAUCCAUCUUCCUUUCGGCCAUUGAUAUGUACGGACAUCAGUUCUGCAUAGAGAAUCUGCAGAAACUCAUCCUUUCCGAGACCUCCAUCUUUGAUGUGCUACCAAACUUCUUCUAUCACAGCAACCAAGUGGUGCGGAUGGCAGCUCUGGAGGUGUAUGUUCGAAGAGCAUACAUUGCCUAUGAGCUGAACAGCGUCCAACAUCGUCAACUGAAAGACAACACGUGUGUAGUGGAAUUCCAGUUUAUGCUCCCUACUUCACAUCCAAACAGAGGGAACAUUCCCACGCUCAACAGAAUGUCCUUCUCGUCCAACCUUAACCACUAUGGGAUGGUCCAUGUGGCCAGUGUGAGUGAUGUUCUCCUGGACAGCUCUUUCACCCCACCGUGCCAGCGCAUGGGAGGCAUGGUUUCCUUCCGAACCUUUGAAGAAUUCGUCCGACUUUUUGAUGAGGUUAUGGGAUGCUUUUGUGACUCUCCUCCUCAAAGCCCCACCUUUCCUGAAUCAGGACACCCAUCUCUGUAUGAUGAAGACAAGAGUGCUAGAGAUGAGCCUAUCCAUAUCCUGAAUGUCGCCAUUAAGACUGAUUGUGACAUAGAUGAUGAAGGUCUUGCUGCCAUGUUCAGGGAAUUCACGCAGAGCAAGAAAUCUGUGCUGAUCGACCAUGGAAUUCGUCGGCUAACUUUUCUGGUGGCCCAAAAGGAUUUCAGAAAACAAAUCAACUAUGAGGUGGACCAAAGAUUUCAUAGGGAAUUUCCCAAAUUCUUUACAUUCCGUGCCAGGGAUAAGUUUGAAGAGGACAGAAUCUACCGCCACUUGGAGCCAGCCUUGGCAUUCCAGCUGGAGCUGAACCGAAUGCGCAACUUUGACCUCACCGCCAUCCCAUGUGCCAAUCACAAAAUGCACCUCUAUCUGGGGGCAGCGAAAGUUGAGGCAGGAGCUGAGGUUACCGACUACCGAUUCUUUGUACGGGCGAUCAUCCGCCAUUCGGACUUGGUGACUAAGGAAGCAUCGUUUGAAUACCUGCAAAAUGAGGGAGAGCGCUUGCUUUUAGAAGCCAUGGAUGAGCUGGAAGUGGCUUUCAACAACACAAACGUGCGCACCGACUGCAACCACAUAUUCCUCAACUUUGUCCCUACAGUUAUUAUGGAUCCAUCAAAGAUUGAAGAGUCUGUUCGGAGCAUGGUUAUGCGCUACGGCAGCCGUCUGUGGAAGCUCCGAGUCCUGCAGGCUGAGCUGAAGAUUAACAUUCAGCUCACACCCAGUGGCAAGGCUAUCCCAAUCCGGCUGUUCUUGACCAAUGAAUCUGGCUAUUACCUCGACAUAAGCCUGUAUAAAGAAGUGACUGACUCCAGAACUGCUCAAAUUAUGUUCCAGGCUUAUGGUGAUAAGCAAGGGCCCCUACAUGGAAUGCUGAUCAAUACUCCUUAUGUGACAAAGGACUUACUCCAGUCUAAGAGAUUCCAGGCCCAGUCGCUGGGGACAACAUAUGUAUAUGAUAUUCCUGAAAUGUUUCGGCAGGCUCUGAUCAAAUUAUGGGACUCGAUGAAAGAGCUUGCGAUUCUCCCUGCUCCUCCUCUGCCUUCCGACAUGCUGACCUAUACAGAGCUGGUCUUGGAUGACCAAGGCCAGUUGGUACAGAUGAACAGACUUCCAGGGGGAAAUGAGAUUGGAAUGGUGGCUUGGCGCAUGACUCUCAAGUCUCCUGAAUAUCCAGAUGGCCGAGACAUUAUCGUCAUUAGCAAUGAUAUCACGUACUGGAUCGGGUCCUUUGGCCCCCAAGAAGACUUGCUUUUUCUCAGAGCCUCAGAGCUGGCUCGCAUGCAGGGUGUCCCCAGGAUUUAUGUCGCUGCCAACAGUGGUGCCAGGAUUGGCUUGGCUGAAGAGAUCCGUCACAUGUUCCACGUUGCGUGGGAAGACCCAGCCGACCCCUAUAAGGGAUUCAAGUAUCUGUACCUAACUCCUCAAGAUUAUAAGAAAGUCAGUGCUUUGAACUCGGUACACUGUGAGCAUGUGGAAGAUGGAGGAGAAUCACGGUAUAAAAUUACAGAUAUUAUUGGGAAAGAGGAUGGCCUGGGGACUGAGAACCUGCGGGGAUCUGGCAUGAUUGCUGGAGAAUCAUCCCUUGCUUAUGAAGAGGUCAUCACAAUUAACCUGGUGACCUGUCGUGCCAUUGGAAUUGGGGCUUAUGUUGUUCGACUGGGACAAAGGACAAUCCAAGUGGAAAAUUCACAUAUAAUCUUGACCGGAGCUGGAGCUCUCAACAAAGUGCUUGGAAGAGAGGUGUACACUUCUAAUAACCAGUUGGGUGGCAUCCAGAUCAUGCAUAACAACGGAGUGACCCACAGCACUGUGUGUGACGACUUUGAAGGUGUCUAUACCAUUCUGCAAUGGCUCUCUUACAUGCCAAAGAGUGUGUUCAGUCCAGUUCCGAGGCUCACUGUGAAGGACCCGAUAGACAGGACAAUUGAAUUCCUUCCCACCAAGGCCCCCUACGAUCCUCGCUGGAUGCUUACUGGACGACCUCACCCAACUCAAAAGGGCCAAUGGCUAAGUGGUUUCUUUGAUUACGGCUCUUUUUUGGAGAUCAUGCAGCCCUGGGCUCAGACUGUUGUAGUUGGUAGAGCCAGGCUGGGUGGGAUACCACUUGGAGUGGUUGCUGUUGAAACGAGGACAGUGGAACUGAGCAUUCCUGCAGAUCCUGCAAACCUAGACUCAGAAGCCAAGAUUAUCCAGCAAGCUGGCCAAGUAUGGUUUCCUGAUUCUGCCUUCAAAACCGCUGAAGCGAUCAAGGAUUUUAACCGGGAAGGACUUCCGCUGAUCGUCUUUGCCAACUGGAGAGGUUUCUCAGGUGGAAUGAAAGAUAUGUAUGACCAGGUGCUGAAGUUUGGGGCCUAUAUUGUGGACGGUCUGCGAGAAUAUAAGCAACCAGUCCUUGUUUAUAUCCCACCCCAAGCAGAACUCAGAGGAGGAUCCUGGGUUGUGAUCGAUUCCACCAUUAAUCCUCGACAUAUGGAGAUGUAUGCUGACCGGGACAGCAGAGGUGGUGUCUUGGAACCUGAAGGGACUGUGGAAAUCAAAUUCCGAAAGAAGGACUUAGUGAAAACAAUGAGGCGUGUGGAUCCCAUUUAUAUGGGACUGGCAGAGCGACUUGGCACCCCGGAGUUAAACCCGGCUGAGCGGAAGGAACUGGAGGCCAAGCUGAAGGAACGGGAAGAAUUCCUAAUUCCCAUUUACCAUCAGGUAGCUGUACAGUUUGCUGACUUGCAUGACACGCCCGGCCGAAUGCAGGAGAAGGGUGUCAUUACAGAUGUCCUCGAAUGGAAGACGUCCCGUUCGUUCUUCUACUGGAGAAUACGGCGCCUUCUUCUGGAGGACUUGGUCAAGAAAAAGAUCCACACUGCAAAUCCUGAACUGACCGAUGGCCAGAUCCAGGCAAUGCUGAGACGCUGGUUUGUGGAAGUCGAAGGCACAGUUAAGGCCUACUUGUGGGAUAGCAACAAAGACCUAGUGGAGUGGCUGGAGAAACAGCUGGCAGAGGAAGAAGGUGUCCGCUCAGUGGUUGACGAGAACAUCAAAUACAUUUCCAGGGACUACAUACUCAAACAGAUACGAAGCUUGGUCCAGGCUAAUCCAGAGAUAGCCAUGGAUUCCAUCGUCCACAUGACCCAGCACAUAUCACCAACCCAGCGGGCCGAGAUCGUGCGCAUUCUUUCCACAAUGGACUCUCCCGCCUCCACGUAAGAGGAUGUCCCCAUCACAGUGGGAAAGAAGAGGCUGCUUGCUGCUCUCAACCUCACAACAUGGACCUGCCAAGAAAUGCUGGAAAUUGACUUUUUAAUUUUUUUAAAAAAUCAGACUUCAAUGGAAGACAGCCUCCUUCUAGUUGCAAAAGACUCUAGGAGUGCAGGCUCCCCCUAAAAUAAUUUAUGGAUGUCACAUAAUCGUACCUAUUUAUUUAACAGAAAGUGACUGGACCAAUAUUGUAACUAAUGGUUGUUUGUACAGCACUUAUCCAGAGAUUAAGAAUGGUCCUGUUGUA